AUUAGACGUUCCCGGUGCACACUUAAAAUUCUUACCCAAAGAUAGUCGAAAAUGGCUAAUUUUACAAAAUCGAAAGAAGGCUUUGACAAAAGUCAUAAAUACGAUCGGCAACUGAGAUUAUGGGGUGACCAUGGACAGACAGCAUUAGAAACUUCCAGAGUAUGUUUAGUUAAUGCAACUGCAACUGGAACAGAAAUUCUGAAAAACUUGAUUCUUCCAGGUAUAGGAUCUUUUACUGUGGUGGAUGGUAAUAAAGUACAGGGAGAGGAUGUUGGAAAUAAUUUCUUUUUGACAAAAGAAUCAAUUGGACAAUCUCGAGCAAAGUUUGCAACAGAAUAUCUAUCAGAAUUAAAUGAAGAUGUAUCUGGGGAUUACAUGGACGAGCACCCAGAGAAGAUGUUGGAUACAAAUGUAGAUUUUUUCAACCAGUUUACUAUUGUGAUUGCUACAAAUCUUUGUGAAAGAACAUUGUUGAAACUAGGGAAGUGUCUAUGGGAAAAGAAUAUACCACUACUGGUCUGUCGUUGCUAUGGUUUCAUUGGGUACAUGAGACUCGUUGUGAAAGAACAUACAGGAGCAGGUUCCUUCCUCUCCUCUGUGAACAGUCCACUGGCAGGAGUUAUCUCCCCUCUGGAGGAAUCUGAUGUGGUAGAGUCCCAUCCUGACAAUGCACAUGAAGACCUCCGAUUAGACAGACCAUUUGAAGGGCUUGUAAAGUUCAUUGAUUCUAUAGAUCUGCAAUCCAUGAGUAAAAAGGACCAUUCUCACACACCAUGGUUGAUAAUUUUAUAUAAAUACCUCCAAGAAUGGAAAGAAAAGCAUAAUGGGGAACUUCCUAAAGUGUAUCUUGAGAAAACCCAGUUAAAGGAUAUGAUAAGAGAAGGUAUAAGAAAAACAGAUGAAGGGGUACAGGAAGAAGAGGAAAACUUUGAAGAAGCGAUCAAAGCUGUUAACACAGCUCUAAACCCCACGAGGAUUCCAUCAGAGGUAGAGAGACUGUUCAGUGAUUCAGAAUGUCAGAACCUACACUCUGAGAGCUCGAAUUUCUGGAUUCUAGUCAGAGCCAUUAAAGAGUUUGUUGACAGUGAAGGGAAAGGUGCUCUUCCAUUGCGAGGGACCAUUCCAGACAUGACAGCUGAUUCAGAGAGAUAUAUACAACUACAAAAUGUUUAUCAUGAACAAGCAGAACUUGAUGUUUCUACGGUAACCCAGAGAGUUCAUGACCUUCUACAAAAUAUUGGAAGGGAUGAGCCGUUAGACCCACUGUCUGAGUCAUGGAAAAGUCUAUUGGCACGUAGAAAAGCUGGUGGAAUAUCAGAGCAUGAAAUCAAAACAUUUUGUAAAAAUGCUGCAUUUAUUCGAAUGGUUAGAUGUAGAAGUUUAGAACAAGAAUACUGUGAUCAAUCAGAAAAGAUCAAGGACAUUGGUCAACAUAUUGAUGAUGAGGAGCCUGAUGAUGUGGUAUUUUAUAUCUUACUCCGAGCAGUAGAUAGAUUCUAUGAGCAAUAUAACACAUACCCUGGAUGGUACACAGAUCAAGUCGAAUCUGAUGUUGUUAAACUUAAGUCCUGCCUUAGCAAGCUCCUUCAUGACUGGGGACUAUCAUUCUCUAUUAAAGAUGACUUUGUGCAUGAAAUGUGUCGUUACGGAGCAUCAGAAUUACACACAAUGGCAUCGUUUAUAGGUGGCUCUGCAGCGCAGGAAGCUAUCAAGAUAAUUACGCAACAGUUUGUGCCGUUUAACAACACUUACAUUUACAAUGCGAUGAAACAGACAUCUGUUACUGUUGAAUUAUGAUGAUUAAUUUGAUCAAGAUAUUAUAUGCUGAUUUCUGUUCACUCAGGCACUGCCAUUUUGGAUAUAAAUGCUAUUGCACAGGAAAUUGGAAUGCCGCCAGUAAAAUAUAACAAAUCUGCACAUCUUUUUUCCACCAAUUUAAGAUAUUCAUCAGCUGAUUAAAAGUUAUUUUUCAGUUUUUGUAGCAAAUAUAUAAAUGUAAACUCAUUUCAUUGUUGAAGUAUGUAUAAAUGUAAAAAUAUGUAUAGAGUUGCUAUGUUCAGCCGAAUGGCUGCAUUUGCUGAUGGUCCAUUUGCCACAUUGGUCAGACCCAAUCAUAGUUUUUUAUCUGUGGCUUUUACAUGCAAUUCAAACUAAAAAUAAAAAUAAUAGAGAAAAAAAAAUAGUAAGAGCUAAAAAAUGAAAAAUCUUCAAACAACAUCUCCCAAAUCACUGGUCCAAUUUUAUAUGUCCGGUUUGGAAAAAUGAACUUGAUGGUACUUGCAUCUGUUUGUCCAUCAUAAUUUUAAAUAAAACUACCAAAUCAUGUCUUAGAAAGUUCAUUAUUUCGCUGUCUUUUUAUGCCCCUGGGCAUAUAGCGAUUAAACUGUCAGUUUGUCCAUCCAUUUGUCUAUUCAUACAAACCAGAUCACCUACAGCCCACACUAAUUACCCAAUUCAGUUCAUACUCACAACGAUUCUUGUGGCAAGACCUACAAACUGACCUCUAUAUAUAAUGACCUUGACCCUCAUAUGACCUUCACCUUCAAACUUAAAACCUUAAUUAACCACAAUUUUUGGUCCUGCAGACAACAUAAAUGACCCAGUUUAGUUCAUAAUCACACAGUUUAUUCUGACAAUGCCUACUAACUAUAAUUAUUGAGGUGACCUUGAUCUUCAUAUGAUCAUCACCUUUAUAAAACUAAAACCUCACAAAACAAUGUCUUUGGUCAUGUAUCCCAUAAUGAGAUGAAGUGUCAUGCAAAACACCCAGACCCCUAGCCCAGAUGUCAAGGUCACACUCAAAGGUCCAAGUUCAGUAGGGAUUUUUUGUGUGGUCCAUAACUCUGCUAUUCAUCAAGGGAUUUUAAUGUUUUUGGCACAAACGUUUCCCAAAAUCAGACAACUUGUCAUGCACAAUGUCCAGAUCCCUAGCUCAAAUAUCGAGGUCACACUGAGGUCAAAGGUUAAUUGCGUUUUUUUCCCAGUCCAGUCCAUUACAUGUGGGUUAUGAAAAAAUUCGACCAAACAUUUACCCAGAUAUUACAUGUCAGUUACCACAUCCAUUCAAAUGAAGCAGUAUUGCACUGAUUCAAAAGUAGUUUCUUGUUUAUUCAGAGGUAUGAGUUCACGAAACAGCUGCUCUGGCCAAAACCACAAAAUUGAAUGAUUUCCCAGUAUCUCAUUAUAAGGCAUGCUGAAUGACAGGUUUUGCAGUAAAUGUGAUAUACCUCACAAAUUGUAAGCAGUUUAACCCUUAUCAUGCUGGACACGAUAGAUUCUGCCUUUGCAACAAGUGUAGAUCGUGAUCAGCCUGAACAUCCGUGCAGUCUGAUCAAAAUCUGCACUGUUCACCAUUCAGUCAGUAUCUGUUUGAUGAUCACCCCUUUUAUCAGCUAAUGGUAGUGUCCAAAUUGAAAGAUGGAGAAAUUCAUUAUAGAAAUUUAGCAUUAGUAUUGACUGGUAUGGAAUAGUACUGAAAUUGUCCUGCCUGUGGGCAUACUUAGUUUUAGAAAUAUUAUCACAAAAACAACUGCCAAACAAAUUGCUGUGUGUUACACAUCGUGUAUGCAAGAAGAAUAUGAAACUUGGACCAUACAAACAAUAUGCCAGUAUUUACAAGUGUUCACAACAACUUUUUCAUCUUAUCUGAAUAUUAAAUUUCAGUAGUAAAAUGUUCAGUAUCAUUGAUAACACAGAGAGACAUACAGAUUCUUGGUAAAAUAAGUUAAAUACUGAAAAAGUAUGUAUUGAUUUACAAUGCAACAUGCCCGUGAUGAGACUUGACAAAGUGGUGUCAGCAUCUUUGACUGACUGCUCUUUACCUGUAAUUUGACUUGGGUUGGUAGCCCUCUUGUGCAAUAUGUGUCUUGACUAGCUCUUUAUACAUAAUUGAAAAAUAAUGAAUAAAUGUGGAUUUAAAAGUAAAAUAUUGUACAAUUCGCAUACUUUUAUACCACGCCAAAGGCAGAGGGAUAUUGUUUUGGCAAUGUCUGUCUGACUGUUUGUCCUUGUGUGGGUGCGUCCGUCCGUCCGAAAUUGAAAAUGCUUAUAAUUGCUAGAAUCACCAGACCUCACAUAAUUGUUAAUGAUUAAUUAAUAUGAACUUUGCUCAUAUAUAGUAUUAUCCCCCUUGCCUCAAUAAAGGCAGAGUUUUUCCCCUUGAUUUGUUGGAGAAAAAAAACCCUGAAAAUACAUAUAAUUCAGAAUUAUUAAUUAGCACAUGAUCUUUGCUGACAUAUAGUAUCAUUCCCAUUGACUCAGUAAAAGUUUUUCCCCCUUGAUUUGUUUGAAAAAAAUAGAAAAUGCUAAUAAUUCAAAAAACAUUUCAGCUAGAACCACCAAAGCUCACAUAAUUAUUAAUUACAGUAGUAAAUGACCUUAGUUCACAUACUGUAUUGUUCCCCUUGACCUAGUAAAAGCAGAGUUUUUUCCCCUUGAUUUGGUAAAGUUGGAAAUGCUUAUAAUUCAAAAAGUAUUUUAGUUAGAAUCAUCGAAUCUCACAUAAUGACUAAUUAGCACAUGACCUUUGCUUAUAUGUAGUGUUAUCCCCCUUGACCCAGUAAAAGCAGAGUUUUUCCCCUUGAUUUGAUAAAAAGUAGUACAGUUGUAUGCAUGAGUUCUAGUAAAAGGGACCAGGAAGAGUAUUGGUAUUAAGGUUCACCAAGCUAAACAUUUGUUUGAGAUGUUUGUAAAGCAUGUCUCAAGGUCUGUUACUUACUACCUAACUACUAAGAACAGUGACUAAAACAUAAUUCAUGAGGACAUCAUAUAUAUUUUUCAUGCAUUCAGUUCAACAUUCUUAAAUGAUACAUAUGUAUUGGAAAACUUUGUUGAAUAACUGCACACAGUGAAAUAACCUGUUAUUUAUCAUCUGCCUAACUGAGCACAAUUUUGUUUGCCUAACUGUUGUUAAAACUAUGAUUAGAUAUAUAUCACAUCAUUUUUUAUUCGUUAGAAAAUUAGACAUCAUUUAUUAAGAUUGAUGUCUAUUCGACAAAUGAGCCGUGCCAUGGGAAAACCAACAUAGUGGGUGUGCGACCAGCAUGGAUCAGACCAGCCUGCGCAUCCGCGCAGUCUGGUCAGGCUCCAUGCUAUUCGCUUUUAAAGCCUAUUGGAAUUGGAGAAACUGUUAGCGAACAGCAUGGAUCCUGACCAGACUGCGCGGAUGCGCAGGCUGGUCUGGAUCCAUGUUGGUCGCACACCCACUAUGUUGGUUUUCCCAUGGCACGGCUCAAAUGAUGCCAUAUUGUUUGUAACCCUCCUGAUGAUAAUUUUUGUAAUCGGUUGAGGAAUGAAUCAAAUAUACAAAUACCAAAAAAGAUUUGGCUGUUUCCUUAAAAACUUGUUAAUAUUUCCACUCAUACCGUUGACUUUUUCAAGAAUAUAUAUAUGAAUUUAAAAAAAAAAAAAAUUUAAGCAGUUGCCUGCUAUAUAUAGUCAGACUGGCUGUUACAGUACAGAAUUGUUCAUGUAAAGGAAGAUUAGUCUGAAGUAAAUAUUUUUUGUCCCACAAGAAAUCUUUCUUAAACAAACCUUUACAAGCUGUAUUAAAUUAUUUUGUUUUUACCAAUCAUUCUUACAUUGGUGCAGAUUUAACUGCAAAACUUGGUAGCAAUACAUAUACCCUGGAUUGCUGACAUGUCCUGGAGGAAUGUAAUAAAAACAGUCGUCAGAUUUUACAAAAAUGGUCCAGAACUUUUUUUUCAAAGUGAUGCUAAAUGAACGACACUUCAAUGUCUUGAUUAGUUUGCCAGUUCUGUUCUUCAUUUUGCACAGACUCUGAAAAAAGUAAUUUUAUUUAUUAUAUUUACAUUAUAUCUCCUUUCCAGUUGUUAACAAGUUUUUUAUUAGUUGCACAUAUUUUGUUGUAGAUUCUAUUUAACAUUAGAAUAAGUUCCUUGGUCAUUCAGUUCACCAGAGAGAAGAACUGUGUCGUCAUCUAAGGACAGGCAUGAUAAAAAAUCCGCACAUAAUCACUUAAGUGUAAAAUGAAACAAAUAUGAAGAAUGCAGGUAUUCUUGUAUUUCAUGUAAGUGUGCAAUAAACUUCUUACAUUUCUGCUAAAAAAGUUAUUUGGAAAUAUUUUGCAUUUUAAAUAGCUUUAAUGUUGUAUUGAAAGCUGCUCAAUAUAAUAUAAUGAUUAUAAUUUGAAUAAAAAUGUCUUGUCUGGUAUUGUUCUGUGACUAUUGUAAGGUUUUUGUCUUGUAUAUUUAACUGUUAAUGAUAUUAGUGCAGGUAUACAGAAGUUCUGCUGUAGUAAAUUAUGCUUUCCUCAUGUCUAGUACAGAAUGCAUUAUUUACAAUUAUUAGCCUGGACAUGUUGUAAAGAUGGGCAUUUUGUGUGCUUUACUGAAAAAAUGUUUGAGAAUUGUAGACAUUAUUAACCUUUAGCCUGCUGGCGGCAGGUGCAGGCUGAUCAUGGUCUGCACUGUUCCCUAUUCAGUCAGUAAAUUUUCAGUGAACACCACUUUGGAAUGAUUAGUGGUACUGCCCAAAUUGAAAGAUGGACCGGUCCAUUUUAGAAAUUUAGGGCUGUGCCAAGAUUUUUCAAUUUUAUUCAACAAGUUUAAUAAAUUCAGUGUGGAAAGUCACGUAUGUAAUAUUCUUUUUAUCACAUGUAAGAGUUUCCUGGCGAAACAUAAAAAAUUAUGCUUUCUUUGACUAUGAUAACAAGUCAAUUAAAUUUUGAUCAACAUCUCCUAUACUAUAAACAACGACGAUGUCAAAGCUUUAUUACACUAGUGUAUUAUCAAUUUUAUGUAAUGGCUUUAUUUCAUUCCCGUGACGUCAAACCUAUUAAAAGAUUUUAAGUAUAUCUACAUGUAAUUUGGCCUUUGGAAUUCAACGCAAACUCAGUGUAGCAGCUGGGAGACUUUUUUAUAGAGGUUGUUGUUGUGGAGAUGUUUUAAGUGUAAAAUUGUUUACAGAGGUUGAUAUGGAGAGUUUCUGACUGAAAGAGGUAGAUGUUAAGGAGAGGUUACAUCUGUUUUAUAGAGGUAGAUGUUAAGGAGAGGUAACAUCUGUUUUAUAGAGGUAGAUGUUAAGGAGAGGUUACGUCUGUUUUAUAGAGGUAGAUGUUAAGGAGAGGUAACAUCUGUUUUAUAGAGGUAGAUGUUAAGGAGAGGUUACGUCUGUUUUAUAGAGGUAGAUGUUAAGGAGAGGUAACAUCUGUUUUAUAGAGGUAGAUGUUAAGGAGAGGUUACGUCUGUUUUAUAGAGGUAGAUGUUAAGGAGAGGUAACAUCUGUUUUAUAGAGGUAGAUAUUAAGGAGAGGUAACGUCUGUUUUAUAGAGGUAGAUGUUAACUCGAAUAAAUCACAUCUGUAGUAUAGCUAAGGAUGCAGUCUAAGAUUACUUGCUUUUCUCCUCUUUUGACUUGAGCCCUGCUUGGGUUGUCAUAGCUACUUAGAUGGGUUGAGGAAGGUCUUGGAUCCAUGUGCCUGCCUUUGCCUGAAAUCAUGUCUAGACGAGCUCCUGUCGUGUUCGUCCAACAUUAGAAGUUUAAAAGUCGCCAUAUGACUGAAAUUGUGUUGCUGUGACUUAAAACUCUACAAAAAUAUUAUAUUCAUCUACACAAGUAGUCAAGUAAGUUGUAAACUUCCAUUUACCGAAAUGUUUCAGUUUCCAAAAGUGUUACCUACAUAGGAAGUGUUCUUCCAGCUAGGGCUGGAAGAAUUUACAGGGUCUGAAUAUGAUUAUCCCAUUAACAAGGACUAAUUAUGAUUAUUCCAUUAACAAGGACUAAUUAUGAUUAUCCCAUUAACAGGUACUGAUUAUGAUUACUCCAUUUACAGGGACUGAUUAUGAUUAUUCCAUUAACAGGGACUGAGUAUGAUUAUUCCAUUAACAAGGACUAAUUAUGAUUAUUCCAUUAACAGGGACUGAUCAUGAUUACUCCAUUUACAGGGUCUGAUUAUGAUUAUUCCAUUAACAGAACUGAUUAUGAUUAUUCCAUUUAAGGCUUAAAAUUUCACUUAAAUGAUGAAAUUUGUCAGUCAGAAGAUUAAGACCUAUAAUCAUAUAAACGUUGAACAAGCAUAGCCAAAAACAGACUCAGAAUUGUUUUUGUUUUGCAAUAAUAGUAUUUUUUGUAUGUGCACCAGUUUUGUUAAACUUGAUUUGAAUAAAACAAUAGAAUGAG